CGGAGGGAGCCCCCCGCUGGCGGCCCGGGCGGCUGGGUUGGGCUGCGCAGCGGGGCUGAGACGGUGGUUCGGGCCCAGCGCUGAGACAGAAAACUCGGCGUGGGAACCUUGGUGUUGGGCGCAGCAGGGACUUGGGCACAGCUCUCUCUUGACGCUGGGGUCCACUGAUGGCACACAAUGUCAAGCACUAACAACGUCGCUCAAGCCCGAAAGCUGGUGGAACAGCUUCGCAUUGAAGCUGGCAUCGAGCGUAUCAAGGUCUCCAAAGCCUCAUCAGAGCUCAUGAGCUACUGUGAGCAGCACCACAGGAACGACCCCUUGCUGGUUGGCGUCCCCGCCUCGGAGAAUCCGUUUAAAGACAAGAAGCCUUGCAUCAUCCUAUAGCCUCCCCCCACCCCAGCCUCAGCCCCGGGGACCUCCCACAGACCGCCCCAACCCGGGAGUGGUGUCUUGCAGCUACCUCCCAGUGGGCCUACCUGAGGCACCUGGCAGCGAGGUAAAAGCUUCUUCGCACUGCUCGUUGCAGGUGCUGGGAGAUGGCUGCGUGUGUAAAGCGCCUGGCACACAAGGGUGAGGGCCAGAGCGCAGUCCCCAGAACCCAUGUGAAAACGCCGCGUGCGGUGACAGGCGUCUGCCCUGCCAGCGCUGGGGAGGUAGAGACCGGAGGAUCCCUGGGCUUGCUGAUCGGCCAGCCAAGCCUACUUGUUGAGCUCUAGGUCCAGUGAGACCCUGUCUCCUGACGAAGAACACUUGAGGUUGUCCUCUGCCACCACACUUGGGCGAACACACACACGCACGCACGCACGCACACACACACACACACACACACAAACAUGACAAGUAGCCCAAACCUCCCAGUUGCUAUUUGGAUGAUUCAGAGCAGUAAGGAGAGAUCAGGUGGCCUUGCUGUGUGGCCGUUCUCUCAAAAGUAACCAUUGGUGAAAGCCUAUCCCCAGUUAUGAACAUAUAUAUAUAUAUAUAUUUUUUUUUUUUGAGGCAAGGUCUCAUUCUAGCCCAGGCUGGCCUUGAAUUCACAGUUGUACCCCUGCCUUAGCCUCCUGAGUGAUGGGAUGAAAGGCAUGUGUCACCACACCUGGCUGGUAUUUUCUUUUCCUUCCUUCCUUCCUUUUCCAAUUUCUUUCAUUCUUUGUUUUCUAAGGCAGGGGUCUAAUUGGGAUACAGAUGUGGCUUGACAUAAUGAAUAUUUGCUCCAUUUAAAACAAUCAUUAUUCAAGCCAAGCAUGGUGGCUCACGCCUUUAAUCCCAGUGUUCAGCAGGUGAAGGCAGGAGGAUUGCCAUGAAUUCCAGGUUGGCCUAGGCUAGGGUGAGACCCUGCCUUGAGAAAAAUCAUCAUCCCAUGAUGCUGGUUCCAAUCCGAGGCUACAGCUAUUGCUGUGCCCUGCCACAUAAACCACACAUGCAUUUGUGGGGUAGGGAUGGGGGAUUUUGUGGCAAAAUGUACCCUGUGUCACCAAAUGUCACCCUUUCAUAUAGUACUGUUCACCUCCCCACCAAACCCUUUCCCAGGGAACUGGAUUCAUCCAGGAAAUGGAUGUUCAGGUCUUGUCCCAGGUUACAGCCACGUGGUGGCUGGUAGUUCCCUGUUUUCUCCCAGUUCCUGUGGUCAACAUGGUCAUCAUGUGACACACACACACACACACACGAUAGGGGGUGGUCCUUGCUUGGUGGGUGAGACAGUCCUUAUGCUUCAGCUGUAAAAAGCUGUUAAGUUGCCUCUAAGUGUCUGCAAAGGACUCUGGGAGAUAAGGCCCUAUGUCCCCUUUGUGGUCCCUGCUGGGUAGGAACCCGGGACCUCUGGUGUGAGGACCAGAGGCAUGUUUGCCUUGGGACUCUACCAUAUCAGAGGGCCAACUUUUUCUCUCCAUGGCCUUUGCCCAUACUAUAUCCCCAGCCCUCUCUGUUUUGUUUUUAAAUUUACUGUGAGUGAGGGUCAGCUAAGUUGGCCAGGUUGGCCUUGAAUUUAGGAUCUUCCUGCCUCAGGUUCACAGGUAGCUGGGAUAACAACUGCACCAGCAUGCUCAGUAUAGGGCUGUUUUUUAGGAUGAUUUUGUCCACUGUCAGGACAAUGAUAGGGACAGAGAGAAAUCAGCCAGUUGAACCCACAGCCAUGCUAACAUUGGGGACCCACAUGGUCCUGGACUCAGAGUCUGCAGCUUCCUGUCUCCUAGGAUGGAACUAGUAUAGAAGCAAACACUGAAAGCCAAACUGACAGCAAAUAAAGUCCACAAACCCAUCCCAGGCGCCAUGCAACGCAAGCCUAUGAUCCCAGUACUUGGGAGGCUGAGGCAGGAGGAUCACCAUGAGUAGAAGGCUGACCUGGUCAACAGAGUGAGUUCCAGGUCAGUCUGGGCUAGAGUGAGACUCUGCCUUAAAAAAAAUUUAAUA